CUAGAACUAUAUAUUAACUAAAAGAUGCGUUAAAUAAAUAUAUUGAAUUUUAAGUUUUUUAAUGCAACAUUGAAUACUUUUUAUAUUGGUUUAGUUACACUUUGAACAAAUUCAUGCAUAUGGAUUGGUUCAGAAAUGUUCCCAAUGUCAUACGCAGCCAAACAACACAAGUAGCUGAUCAACACAAACAAAGCCUGGGGGUCUCUAGCGAAUUUCAGGUCGAUCAAGCAAAUACAACGCGGAAAGAAGGUUCUGACAAAGUUCGCAUUCAGAACAUACCCGAAGAAGAUAUAACUUGCUCAUUAUGUGGAGAAAUCUUUAAUGACCCAAGACUUUUACCAUGUUUACAUUCAUUUUGUAGAAGAUGUAUUGAGUAUACUAUAAAUCCACGAUCAACAACCUUGACUUGUCACCUCUGUAGAAAAGAAACACCUUUAAAAAUAGACGAGGUGCCAAACUUUUUUCCAAAUUUUGUCGUUAACAACUUACUCGAUGUUGAAGCAGUACGAAACAGUUCUAUAACUCCAGUAGUUUGUAUUAGUUGCAGUGAAAAACAGCCAGCCAUUUCGCGAUGUUUAGACUGUAUGGAUUUUCUUUGCGCAGCAUGUCAUAAUGCCCACAGCAGAGUGAAAGUCACCAAAGAUCAUCAAAUCAUGACAUUAGAGCAGCUUAAACGAUCAGAAAACAUUUCAUCUUUGCUUCAUCGUCCUGUAUUUUGCCGCGUACAUACUGGAGAAAAAGUAACAUAUUUUUGUAUUACGUGUCAGCAGACUAUUUGUCGCGAAUGCAUUGUAUCUUCGCAUCACCAACAUGACUUCACGAUUAUCGACCAAACAAUUGAAUUGCAAAAAAAAGAUAUUAUAAUAUUAAAAGAAACGAUUGAAAAAAAGCUUCCUGUUUUAAAAGAGAAAACGCGCAACCUUAAUGAAGUAAAGAGACUUUUGGAGUCAAGGUCAGAGAGUAUUUUAACGGAAAUAGAUGCCAUCAUGCCAAAGAUUAUCAAAGCUAUUAAGGAAAAAGAAAUGCAAAUGUUUCAAGAAUUAUCGGAAAUCGUGAGAGAGAAAAAAAACGUUUUAGACAAAGAAUUGCAACAAUUAAACAAUGAAUUAAAACGAGUUGAAAGCACACAUAGUUUUACAGAACACGUUUUAAAUAGAGGAACGAAUCCUGAGAUUCUCUCUUUAAAGUCAGAUAUAUGCAAAAAACUUGACGAGUUAGCUAAAUUUCAAUACCCGCUUCUUUCGGAUGUAAGUGAGAAAAUCCAAUGCGAUACCAAUAUUGAUGCUAUUGUUUCAGCAAUAAAUAAUUUUGGACGUUUUUCAAUUGAAGAAAAAGAACUUUUAAAGUGUGUUGUCAUGGGAGACAUAUCCACGGUCAUCAAAGGACAAGUUGUACAACUAACGUUACUGAUUAAAAAUCAGUUUGACAUUGAAACCACUUGUAAGAUAGAUGAUAUUGAAUGUGAAUUACAAACUCCACUUGGCGUUAUUAUACCAGAGCUUCGUGAAAAAGCAAAAAGCUCUUUUUUGCUUUCGUUUCGAACUUACAACGUUGGCCUUCAUAAGCUCACAAUUAAGCUUUUAAAAAAGCACGUCUCAGGUAGCCCAUUUUCUAUUCAAAGUAUCAACAAGAUUGCCAACAAAAACGAUCCAGCUUCGGAUAUAUUAAACAAAGAGUCAUUUCACGAACAUUCCGAAACAAAUAACUCUACACUAAACUUUAAUAAGUCAGAUAUUGACGAAGAAACAUAUUUCCCGAGUUUACAAAAUAACUAUCAAAACAAAAUGAUAAACGGUAAUCCUGCUAACCCUGCUGUUAAUCCGGCUGUAUUAACAGUGCCUCAAAACUCACAAACUAAUAGUAAGGCACACUUUAUUAAAAGCGAAAAAAGAGCGACGGAGUAUAACAAAACUGAAAAUUCAUACGCACAAGACAACGAGGAGAAUAGAUACAAUUAUGAAUCAAAUAAAAUUAUCAUCACGCAAAGUUCUUUAGAUGACUUCCAAAUAAAAAAGAAAAAAAUUGGCGAACUUAUUCAUUCUACCGGUAGCCGGGGAAAGCUAAAUGGAGAGUUUCAUGGACUAUUUGGAGUAGCCAGUGAUCAUGCAAGCAAAAGAGUUAUAGCAACCGACUGUCAUAAUCACCGCGUACAAGUUUUUGAUGAAGAAUUAAACUUUUUGUUUACAUUUGGAAAAAAAGGUUCCGGAGAUGGAGAAUUUUUAAACCCAACCGGUGUUGGUAUUGGUCCAAAUAGUGAGAUUGUAGUUUGCGAAAGACUUAAAGAUAAAAUACAGGUGUUUACUAAAGAAGGCGUAUUUCAAAGACGUUUUAUACUCAAUGAAAUGAAAGCGUCUACUCUGUGCGUCGACAUUUCAGGGCGCAUCAUUAUUGCUGACUACACUAACUGUUGUAUAUUUGUUUUAGAUCCUAUAUUAGAACGAUGGUCAAGGUUUGGACAAUUUGGACAAAACGACGGAGAGUUGCAAUACCCUUGCUACGUCACCACUGAUGUAAAAGGAAAUAUUUAUGUCUCAGAUAUGAACAGUAACAAAAUACAGAAAUAUGACUCAGAAGGAAUAUUUCUCAACAGCAUUGGUUCGAAAGGGAAAAAAGAAGGCGAGUUUUUACAUCCAACAGGUAUUGCCGUGGAUAUAAAAAGUAGACUAAUUGUAGCAGAUAGAGACAAUCAUAGAAUACAGGUAAUCCAGAAUGACUCUGAAGUUCACUCAUCUUUUGAAUCAAAUGGUGGAAACGACGGAGACUUAAAUGAUAUUCACGGUAUCUGCGUUCUAUCCGACGGAAGUGUUGCUGCCGCUGAUUUAAAAAACAACAAACUGCAAAUAUUUUUUCUCGAUUAAAAAAACUUCAUAAAAUAGAUUUAAUUAAAAAACACUUGCAUACGCACGCACACAUGCACACAGAAACAUGACAAAACAGUCUUUUUUAAAUGUUACCAUUACGAUAAAAAACUGCAUAUAUAUUUUAAAAAACUGCAAAAUAAAUGCUACAACAAUAUUUUUAUUCAAAAGUUUCAUUUAAAGUUUCAUUUCGAUCCGUAACUAUGACAUUUCGAUCUAUAACUAUGACAUUUUGACAUUGAUAAACUUAUCAAAGAAUUAAAUAAAAUUACAUGCUUGUCUUUACAAGCCUUUUC